GCAGCAGACCAUUGGGACAGACAGUACAGCAUGAUUCUUACCUCUGCUCGUUCCUAAAUUUUCAAAUCCCAAUCUAACGAUCCCAUGUUAUUUGUGACUACUGGAUAACAAUUUAAGUGCUGAAAAUAAGGCAAAGGCAAGUUCGGGCCAGUGUAUUGUUUUUAUUUCAACUGUUUUGACGGGAAAUACACUGUAAAACAUCUGGAUGGAAUCUGAAAUCGAUGAAACCGGAUACUCUCAGCUCUCAUUAGACUCGGCAAUUUCUGUGCUUGACACCUCUGAAUUCAUUGGUCUUCAUUCAGUACACACAAACUCUUCUGACCAUGAUUCACAAGGCCCUUCAUUCUCCUCUCCAUACAACCAUGUCCAGUAUCCCUCUGUCCACCAGUCAAUGACAUCAUCAUCAUCGUCGCCAUACCACUUGAACUCAAACUAUUACUCACAACAUGCAGAGGAAUGGUGCGCCAAUGGAAUUUAUGAUCUAAAGAGAAUCCCAUCAGAGAACCUAUAUUCAAUAGACACUGAUAUAAUAAGUUUACCAGCAACAAAGAAGCACAGAGUCAGUCCCCGUGUGGGAAGGGUGAAAGGAGACGAGCUGUGUGUUGUGUGUGGAGAUAAUGCAUCAGGAUAUCACUACAAUGCAUUAACUUGUGAAGGAUGUAAAGGUUUCUUCCGAAGGAGUAUUACUAAGAAUGCAGUUUAUAAGUGCAAAAAUGGUGGGAACUGUGAAAUGGACAUGUACAUGAGGAGAAAAUGCCAAGAGUGCCGACUGCGCAAGUGUAAACAGAUGGGAAUGCUGGCUGAAUGUUUGUUAACAGAAAUACAAUGUAAGUCAAAACGGCUUAGGAAACAUGCAAAGCCUCAGUCUGAGAAGUCAUUUCAGGAAGACAUUGAUGGACAUGAAACAAAACAAGUGACAUCUACCACUAAAACAAACCAGGAGAACACAGAACUUACACAAGAACAGAUGAACCUUCUCCAGUAUGUCAUGGAUUCACAUGUAAAAAAUCGGCUGCCGCAGAGUCUGGCUACAAGAUUAAUUUUGCAGGAAGACAUGGGCAGUGAUGACAACUUUGUUUUCCUCACAGAGAUGGCUACAAGACAUGUUCAAAUACUCGUUGAAUUCACCAAAAAGUUACCAGGUUUUCAGACAUUAGACCAUGAAGAUCAGAUCGCUCUUCUGAAAGGUUCUGCAGUGGAAGCAAUGUUCCUUCGCUCAGCGGAGCUCUUUAACAGAAAGUUGCUGGAGAGGCAUACGGAUGUCUUGGAAGAGAGAAUUCGAAAGAGUGGGAUAUCGCAUGACUACAUAAACCCAAUGUUUCAUUUUUACAAGAGUGUUGGGGAGCUCAAGAUGGUAGAAGAGGAAUAUGCACUACUAACAGCAGUGGUUAUUUUAACACCAGAUCGUCAGUAUCUCAAAGACAAAGAGUCUGUAGAAAAACUCCAAGAAACAUUUCUACAUAUUUUGGAGAAGAUCUGCAAGCGCUGCCAUCCUGACAACCCUCAGCACUUUGCUCGCCUCCUGGGACGUCUAACAGAGUUAAGGACAUUCAGCCACCACCAUGCUGACAUGCUCAUGUCUUGGAGAGUGAAUGAUCACAAAUUUACACCACUUCUCUGUGAAAUCUGGGAUGUACAGUAAUCAUUGCUUGAUAUGGUUCCCAAACAACUAGUAGCAUUAAAGGGCAAAAUACAUUAUUUAGAGUUAACCCUUGCUUUUAUAUGAAUGGGCAUAAACCCAUUACUGUGUGCACAGAACAUUCCUUCUGUGUAUUUGCACAUAUAUAUAUGAGUGGAAGCUGCCAUAUCACAUAGGCUUCUGAAUUCUCUAUAAUGAAACUUUUUCACACUUAUUUAUUGAUGCAAAUAAGUAACUAUUAAGCUAAGCCAUCACACUUAACUGUCUAUUGGGAGGGCAUUUAUAGCCAAUUAAUCCCACUUAUGUAUAAAUCACAUUUUCCUUUUAGAAGCUGUUUUUUUAUAUAUAUAAUUUUAUUUCCUUAGUAUUUAAUUUCAAAUAUGUUUUAAAUAUCUGUAAGUCAUUUUUAAUUUAGCACAAAAAGGAAAUCACCUUGUAAGUUAUGAAUAUUGUAUUGCAAUAUUGUAUUCUGGUUUUAGGGGAUUAAAAACUCCUGGAAGCAACUCACAAAUGUCUGGAAACCUUUAAAAAAAAAAUCUAAAAUAAUCAAAAAUGUUCUUUAUAAAUUGUACUUAGUACUGGGCAAUCCCUAGGUAGAUAUUGCUUCAUGUUAUCUCUGUGUGAAGGCUACAGAGACAACUGAAGUUGGACAUAAACUUACUGAAAAUGCUCACAGUUGGCCAAUGAUCCUAUCCAAUAUUUCUGUACUAUGGAUAAAAUCAUUUGGGCACGCUUAAAAAUCUCAUCUACUAGUACACCAUGUCAGCCAGUUCAUGGUGUAUCAGCAGAUAAGAAAUUGAAGAGGAGACACAGCUCCUCAUUUACUGCUGUUCUAUUAUUCCAGUUGUCUACCUGAAGGAUUAGAACAGGAGAAAGGCUAGGUACUGUCAUGGUUCAGCCUGUGUAUGACCACCUUUAGAAGACUAAGCAUAGAGUAUUUUAUUAACUACAUGACUACUGAUGAUAUCAAACAAUGCCCCACUGGUAGUUAGGUCACCCCUAGUGUAGGAUUACACCAUUUAUCAACAUUCUGAUUUUAGUUGUUUUACAAUUUUUUGAAGCCACAAACUCAUUUCCAUUUAAACCACCAAUGUGGUUUAUUAAAAGAUCAGAAUAUAAAAAGCACAAACAAAUUAGAAUGUGAAACAUAAACAAAAAGUUUUGUUUUCAAAUGAAUUUUCAUGCACUUACAAAUGAAAAAAGUCUAGUAGCGGGUCAGAAGUCGGGGCAGGCAGCAGUCAAACAAAGUGCAGUAUCGGAUCAAAGGUACAGGAACAGGCUGAAGGUCAAAACCAGGAGAUCAGCAGAACAGGGCUAGAAAGGGCACUGGAACUCAGGAAUAAGGCAGGGGAUAAGGAACCAGGUGGAGACUCAGGGACUAGGAACCAGAUGGAAUCUCAGGUAUAAGGAAUCACAGAACACAGGAGGACAAGAUCAUGGCUAACAGUUUAAUGAUCAGGCAAAGAGCAAUGUCCAGGGGCAGGCUUAUAAAAGAUCUAAAUUGAUUAAUGUACUGCACAUGGAGAUAACUAGAUGGGCGGAGAAAGGGAGCAGAAGGCAAGAAUACAGGUACAAUAACAAAAAAAACAUGUACAAUAAGAAAACCAAAAAGGACUGCACAAACUGGCUGACCUCCAGUGGCUGAGAUGGUAAAUGCGCCAGCAGUUUAGAGAACAGUCCAGGCAUUUAAUUGCAGCAAACUCUUACAUAAAGACUGUUACAAUUUGGCUAGGGCAGCUCCCAUUGACUGUUACAUGACUUAAACAGCUUUUAGAUGGCAUAGUUUUGUCCUUUCUUGUGUUUUUUUUUUUUUGCUUAAUAAAUCACAAAUUUCUCGAGUUUUCAUGUAAUUAGUAAAAUCCAUAAUUUUUAGGGUUAAAAACCAUGAUUCAUCAAAAUGAAAAAAUACAAACCUUAGUAAAUGGGGCCCCUACUGUUGUUGAUGUCAUAUUCAAAUAUUAUUAUUAUUCCAUUAUUCUGGGCAUUUGGUUCUUUAGAUCUAUUAAGAGGCACGUUCUCUUUCCAACUACUUCUAAAAAUCCUGCAUAGCACAGGUAUGUCUACCUAAUUGUCUAACUGCUGAUGGAUGUUGAGUGGAUAAGAUGUGAGUGUGAAAUAAAGUGUAAACAAAGCCAAUGUUUAUUUUGAUUUAACUGACAUAUAUCCAUUAUAUUUAAGGAUGCCCUUCAAUAAAUAUAUUUUUAGUCAAGAUUUGA